GAUUCAUCACCCACCCCCUUUCCCAUCGGUGUCCGAGGGUUCGUCUUUCGAACCAAAAAUGGAUCUCGUAUCAGGUGACGCUCAGAGUCAAUCUUCCGGAGAUCUCUGGGAACCUGAAUCUACCCCCGCCAAGUGUUAUCAGUCCCACCACCGACUUUCCGUGAUAAGCAGUGCUCACGGCCAAGCUCACUUUUCAAGUUGGUCAUUUGCGAGCACGCCAGCUAGCAAACGAUUGCUGGUGCAAGCGAAGUCCGUCCAGCCAGCCAAAUGGGUCGAGGGCGGCCUGACCAGCGAUACACCCUUACCUGAACAAACCAAUUCCCCAUGUCCCCUCCGGCUGAACAAGCUUGCUACACAACCUGGAUAAAGGACGGAGUAACAUUUCUACACCUUAUCCCUGCCUCGGUUUCUCCUCUCAAGCCACUGAUUGUCCCUUAGUGGAGCUGAUGGCUUGCUUCGUGCUUACCUAACUAACGCUUGUGAGUUCUAUAUCCGGACAACUCUAUUGUGAUGCUCCCCAUUUAUGGUUCCUGGCGAGCCCAACUCAAGAUCGUGAAAACUCCAUGACCCGAAAUGCCCCUUCUGUUCUCCAUUGCUAGUCCGGCGCCUUACUAUCACCUUUCACUCAUGGUAAGCACUCUAAGUAGGUGGGUAGUGCAUUCUUGGUUUGUCACAUCUUCUUGACUCGACUCUAUAUGCUCCUACGGCCUACCUUUGCUACUGCUCAUGUAGCGCAAGCGGCCUAACAUGGAGUCAAGUGGUAGAAGGCGAAACAUCCCACUUUGGCCACCGUUCAAACGGACAUAUCAGAACCUAGGUUCGACGGAAGACUUUCAUCUCACCCCUCUUCCAAGUACGGGACGAGGUCCUCCUUCAGACCAUCCGAGUGCGCGCCUCUUCAGCCCAGGCCUCGAUAGCUCGACAGCAUAUACUCCUGACUACAUUGCUGCGACGCCCAACCCAUACUCGCCUGCCCUUUUGUCCUCUGCGAAGCCUGCAAAGAAUAGAUGGAUCGGAAGGGGAUGGCAAGCCAGCUCCAAGAUCGCACUCACCUGCGCAAUUCUGGUAUUGGUAACCAACAUUGGCCUGACUCUCGGCAUUGUAGGUGCUGGUCAUACCAUGCAGGAUGGCGUAUACAUGGUUUACAAAGGUAGUUGUCGAGAAAUCGAGACCAAAGAUGCUUGGAUUCACUUGGCCCUCAAUUUCGUCGCAACUGUCCUCCUGGCCAGUUCCAACUACUGCAUGCAACUGCUGUCAUCGCCGACUCGUUCAGAGGUCGAUAGAGCCCACUCGAAACAGAAGUGGCUCGAUAUUGGCAUUCCAAGCCUUCGCAAUUUGACCUCGUUAAGCAAGAAGAAGGUUACUUUGUGGUGGAUUCUUGGACUUUCUUCAGUCCCCCUGCAUCUAGUAUAUAACUCGGUAUUUUACUCCGCUUUGGCCACCAACAACUAUAACAUACUCUACGCAUCUGAGGGUUUCGUGAACGGAGAUGCCUACGACAAGGAGCUGUUUCCCGACGACGAAGACCGAAAUGUAACCGAUAUCCAGGCUCGCAUAGCUGUUGAUUUCGAAUCCUUGACCAACGAACAGUGCAUCGCCCGCUACGCCAAAGACUUUGUCGAAGACCGACGAAAUGUUAUCGUCAUCGUCAAGAACCCCCCAGCUAAUCAGGGCUCUCUCUUUAAAGUGGCAUCUCAAGAAUUCCCCGUCGAGUUCACCACAGAGUACAACGCCUUUGCCUGGAUUUGCGAUGAUCCCAACGUUGUCAAUGUAACAAAAGCGUGUUGCGAAAACGAAUACGGCUUUGUCCCUUGUUCGAAGAUCACGCCCAAGUUGAUCGAUAUUGCCGACCAAUGGACCACGGGAGGAUUCGAAGUCGAUCACUGCUUGUCCGAGUUGGUCGAAUCCGACUGCCAUUUACAUUUUUCAUGGGUGUUGAUGACAGUGGUAUUGGGCUUCAAUUUAUUAAAGGUGCUUGGGAUAGCCUACGUGGCGUUCUAUCUGGGCGAGUCUCCGCUUGUGACCAUCGGCGACGCAAUUCAAUCAUUUAUUCGACAUCCUGAUCGUACAUCAGAAGGUAUGUGUCUCGCCAGCCAUUCCAGUAUAACGGCUUCGACCAAACUCGGUUAUACAACGACCUCAAUGCGAUAUGAGCCACGACAACAACGGUUUUUCGAAGCGGCCACCUGGAGACAGUUGGCCUUUGUGUUUGGCUUAUUCACCUUCGCCGGCGUUGGAACCUUUGUCUGCCUUAUCCUAGGCAUCGACGCCCUCAAAGGCGACAAGACCAUCGAUAGCCCCUGGUCGAUUGGUCUCGGAAAUGUCAAACCACAGAACUUGGUCAUGGGAUUCAAUCUGCCCGGGUACGGCAACACAUCGAUUGCCAUCAGCACUCUUAUCGCAAAUACCCCACAAGCAUUGUUUUCGUUCUUGUACAUCUGCUACAACAGUCUUUUUACUGUAAUGUUCCUGUCCCGAGAACUGAUGACCUUCAGUGUCACGACUGGAAGGGGUCGAAAGUAUAUUCGUGUCAGCAACCCCCAAGGUGAACAGAAGUGCACCUAUUUCCUCAAUUUACCGUACAAAUACGCCCUUCCUCUACUCGGUGGGUCUGGCCUGACGCAUUGGCUUGUGUCCCAGAGCGUCUUCCUGGCCAACAUCUCGAUUAUUCCACGCGACGGCGACGUGCCCAUGCAGGAUGAGAUCACGACUGUGGCCUACAGCCCCCUGGCAAUGCUGCUCCUUCUGAUCCUUGCGAUCGUCAUUCUCGGCUUCCUCAUCGCCACAUCAUGGCGGAAAUUGCCCUAUGGAAUGCCUCUGAUUGCCAGUAACUCGAUCGCGUUGAGUGCAGCCUGCCACAUACCAGGCUACACACAGGCAGAACGGGACCAAGCCGUGCUGCGACCAUUGAGCUGGGGCGUGGUUCCUUCGGGUGGAAAGCCUAGCGACUUGGGCAUCAGGAGUAUGUCGACGUCGCCGGACAUGGGGGAUGACGGGGGAACUGCCAUCCAGCACUGUUGUUUUUCGGACCGACCCCUCGAAGCGCCCUUGUUGGGAAAUUUGUAUUCGUGAUGAUUUGGCUUGGACCUGCGUCCAUGGCAAAGGCCUGUCAUGGCCAGAAUGUUGGGAGAGAGGUCAAGUGAUAUGAUACUUGCACUGGGUUUAAUGGCCUUCUGAUAAAGGACGACUGGAACGUACCUAUUUAGCACAUCGCCUAGCAGAGGAUUAGGCUGAUGAUUGGUCGUAUUAGCAUAGCAUAGCAUAGCAUAGCAUAGCAUAACACGGCGUUCUCGAGUGAAUCGGUGGAUGAUGGAAUGAACGAUCAAG